GCCGCGCAUGGGCUAAAUGGAACUACAGUAGGUAGGGGUUGCAUCCAGUUAACUGUUGCGAUUUUGUCUUUAGUGGGUAACACAAUGUGCCAUUUCUUGACGAUAGCAAUGGCUUUACUUGCCACAGUGCUUAGUAGUGAGAGCUACACCAUAAGAAAUCCCGUCUCUUGGGCUGUUACGAACGAUAUCCUUGAAGAGGAGCUUGCAACCGCGUCCGACGAAGAGGUCGCACCAGCACUAUUAGUGGACAAUGUUGGGAUUUGGAAACAGGCUUAUCCACCGACCGUAUAUGGCGAGAGGGCAGAAAAACCUCAGCCAAAACCCGAAAAAGAUGUCACUCACGUUUCGUCAGCAGCUCGUGUCUUCUCGUAUAGAAUGGAGGAGGUGACCCCUCCUGCUAAAGCACCUUCGCCUCCACCGCACGAGGAGACAGCGAAGACUGCAAGGUACAUCGCUCACUACAGUGACUGGGGACACCUCGCCACGAUCUCCACGCAAGAAAAGAUCAAAGGUCUGCCAUUUGGGAACAUUUUUUCAAUUAGUGACGGCCCCUUGGAUAACAGCACAGGGGUUCCGUACUUCUAUGUCACACCAAUGGACUACACAGUGUCAGAUCUAAGAAAUUUCCCCUUUGCUUCUCUCACAUUCUCUGAGGCUGAAGGGGACUUCUGCAGGGAGAUGGUGUACGACCCUGAGGAUCCCAGGUGUGCCCGCCUCACCUUGACUGGCAGGAUGCUGGAGGUGGGGCCAGAGGAGCUUGACUUUGCCAGAGACGCCAUGUUCUCCAGGCAUCCUGUGAUGAAGAAGUGGCCAGUGGGACACAAGUGGUUCUUCAUGAAGCUGGUGAUAGAACAAGUAUGGUUGCAGGAUUGGAUUGGCGGAGUGUCAAUCAUACCACUAGAUGAUUACUUUAAGGCUUCUCCAUUCUGAGACUAACAAUGGCGGGUGGGGGAGACUCAGAUGGCCUCUUGUGCCUAUGCCAGCAACAUUAUGGAGAUUUUCAAGGAAAAUGGUGACAAGUGGCAAAUUACAGCCCCUCUUGUGUAAACCGGUUUGAAACACCAUUCUGUAUGAGGUGUUUUUUGCAUAGCUGGACUAAAUCGAUGUUAUGAUUGUGAAUGCCACUUAUGUUGAACAUACAGUACCUUACAUAUUGCAACAUUUCACAUAAUACCAGUAUUAGAGAUUGUUUCACUGUAUUAAAGAGUAAUGCACAGAUUCUGUCACAUGCUUCGAUCUUGGAGCAUUGAUUUUGGUCAGCUCAAAAUCAAAUUGAGUUAUAAAUUGAUAGGCUUAUUGAUUGUCCACAUUGGAUGGCACAAAGACCGGUGAUCAUGGUGGAUGUCAUCAUGCAUACAGCCACAACAUAGAUGCUUUUUGCACUGCAGAAAGUCAUUUCCAGUGAGAAUUGUGGCUGUUGGCUGGGAUUUUCUGUUUUGUUGAGUUCCAUUAAAUAAAUACCAUAGUGAAUGUAUUUGAAUUUGCCUUGAACAGUUCUUGUUAAAUUGUUGCACUGAACUGAGUUUUAUGUUUGGAAAAAUAAACAUGAUAAAUUAC